UCAGGCCCUUCUCAGCUGAGUCUGCUCAAGUCACUCUCACGCCUCGCCCCCUUGGAACCUGCAAAGCCCCACCUCCUGUGAGAGCCUUCCCUGACUACAGCCGGAGCAGUCCCUCCCUCCACUCUGCUGGCCAGGCCUGGUGGCCUCCAUUUGAGUUUCUGGCUGGUUGGCUACUACAGAGCACAUUGCCCAUUCCCAUGUCCCAGGUAACACAGCCAGACGGAGGACCCAACCACAGCUGUAGGAAGAAAACCAAGAAGAGAUGGACCUUGUGUAGGCUGGCGAGGGUGGUCUCUGUCUAGACACAUGUCCCGAGCUCUCCAGGAUCAGAAACUACAUUUUCAGGACCCAGACAUGCUACUGACGCCACCCACAGGCCCCCAAGUGGCUUGUGGGCCCAGCCACGGCAUAACUGACAACCUGGGAGAACACAGGGCCACAGCCUCUCAGGGUGGCUGAGGGUGGGUGGUCCACCAGUCGUAUGGGCAAGUACUUGUGGAAGCAGUGCUUCUGGGGCUCUUACCAAUGAGGAAGAAGAGAAAAGGAAAACCCGCAAAAUCUAUGCAGACCAGUGGGUCAGACCACUUGACCACUUGGGUCUCUUCAGUACUUUCCCCCUCUUUUGCUGUUGGUGACUAUUUUGGGGGCAGCUGCGUCCCUGGAACAGGAGAAACCAGUUCCUCUGAGUCCCUCUGUCGUCUCUGCCGCGGCGACUCCUCUGGGCACAACGUGUGCGACAAGAGCCCCCUAGAGAGAUACUUUGACUACAGUGGGGCCUUCCGGUGCCUGGCGGAAGGAGCAGGUGACGUAGCCUUUGUGAAGCACAGCACGGUGCUGGAGAACACUGAUGGGAAAACCCUGCCGUCCUGGGGCAAGGCGCUGAUGUCACAGGACUUCCAGCUACUGUGCAGGGAUGGCAGCCGGGCCGAUGUCACUGAGUGGAGAGGAUGCCACCUGGCCCGGGUGCCUGCGCAUGCCGUGGUGGUCAGGGAUGACAUGAAUGGGGACCUCAUAUUCCAACUGCUCAGUGAAGGCCAGAGUCUGUUCGGCCAUGAGGCCAGCAGCUUCCAGAUGUUCAGCUCCGAGGCCUACGGCCAGAAGAACUUGCUGUUCAAAGACUCCACCUUGGAGCUUGUGCCCAUUGCCACACAGAACUACGAGGCCUGGCUGGGCCAGGAAUACCUGCAUGCCAUGAAGGGUCUGCUGUGUGACCCCAACCGGCUGCCCCCCUACCUACGCUGGUGCGUGCUGUCCACACCCGAGAUCCAGAAGUGCGGAGAUAUGGCUGUGGCCUUCAGCCGGCAGAGAUUGAAGCCAGAGAUCCAGUGUGUGUCGGCUGAGUCCACUGAGCACUGCAUGGAACAGAUCCAGGUGGGGUAUAUUGAUGCAGUGUCCCUGACAGGAGAGGACAUCUACACAGCAGGGAAGAUGUACGGCCUGGUCCCGGCCGCUGGGGAGCUGUAUGCCGAGGAGGACAGGAGCAACUCCUACUUUGUGGUGGCUGUGGUGAGGCGAGACAGCUCCUACUCCUUCACCUUGGAUGAGCUGCGCAGCAAGCGCUCCUGCCACCCAGGCUUGGGCAGUCCUGCGGGCUGGGAUGUGCCCAUAGGCUCCCUCAUCCAGCGGGGCUUCAUCCGGCCCAAGGACUGUGAUGUCCUCACAGCGGUCAGCGAGUUCUUCAAUGGCAGCUGUGUGCCCGUCAACAACCCGAGGAACUACCCUUCCUCGCUGUGUGCGCUCUGCGUGGGAGACGAGAAUGGCCGGAACAGGUGUGUGGGCAGCAGCCAGGAGCGGUACUACGGCUACGACGGGGCCUUCAGGUGCCUUGCGGAGAAGGCAGGGGACGUCGCCUUUGUCAAGCACACAACGGUCUUUGAGAAUACAAAUGGCCACAACCCUGAGCCCUGGGCUGCUCACCUCAGGUCGCAAGACUAUGAGCUACUGUGCCCCAAUGGGGCCCGGGCUGAAGUAAGCCAGUUCCAAGCCUGCAACCUGGCACAGAUACCAUCCCAAGCUGUCAUGGUUCAUCCGGACACAAACAUUUUCACUGUGUAUGGACUCCUGGACAAGGCCCAGGACCUGUUUGGAGAUGACCACAACCAGAAUGGGUUCCAAAUGUUUGAUUCCUCCAAAUACCACAGCCAAGACCUGCUUUUCAAAGACGCUACAGUACGAGCAAUACCUGUUGGGAAGAAAACCACAUACCUGGAAUGGCUGGGUCCUGACUACGUGGUGGCCCUGGAGGGGAUGCUGUCUCAGCAAUGCUCAGGUGCAGUGGCCGUGGUGCACCGAGUCCCCCUGCUGUCCCUGCUCCUGCUGGGCCUGGCUGCAGGCCUCCUCCCGCACGUUCUCUGAACAGUGGCUGCUGCAGGCGGCAGCCUGAGCAGGGAAAGCUGCAGAGUCCAACCCAAGAAACCUGGAAAUCGGCUAACCCUGCAGGAGAGCGCGGGAUGCAAGAGGCAAGGUGAGGUCUCUCAUACACAGCCCUCGGAUGUGCGAGUCUAACCCAAAGAGAAAUUUCUGGAAUCAGGAUGACUGUUAAGGCCAAGUCUUCCCACCUGCCCGAGCCCUCGGUACCUGAGGCGACUGGCGAGUAGCCCAGUCAUGCCUCCCACGUUGGCGCUGGCGGCGCCUGCAGCAAACCUGUGCCUCCCACCUGGAGCCCUCCGGGCUGGCUGGGGAAGAGAGACCGGUUGCCAUGGCAACCGUGGAGCGACUUCCCACACCAGCCUCUAUGCCAGUCGCCUGGGGAGGUGUCAAGGCAGGGGGCCCACCACCGACCUAGAGGACCUCAGUGGCACACUCCCACCCCUCAGCCCCUGCUCUCGCUGCUUUAACGGCUCUCUCCUGAGGACAUUUGCCCACCAAGGCUCAGAGGAGCCCUCCUCAGAGGAGCAAGGUUGCUGAGCACCUGAACCUUCUGUGACACCAAGGAGCCCAACCCUCGGGACAGCAGAUUCUACCAGAAUGGGAUAGGAGAAAGGCCAGAACUGGACUGUGGGGAUGAAGUCCUGUAGAAAACCUCAGAUGAAGGAAUGCUCCCCCAGAAGAAUGUUAGUGACUGAGGAGCUUGAUGCAGGGUGGGAUCUCUCCUGCUUAGCAGUUCCUGUGUAGGACCUGCCUGCCCUGCCUGGACCUCACUGCAUAGUGAGAUGCUUCCUAGAAUCCACUGUUCCCUCCUCUGGGGUCAAUCUCAACAUUAUCUUCCUCUCUGCCUCACUGUGCCCCUUGCCCCCCGUCAACACACACACACACACACACACACACACACACACACACACACACACACACACACACAAAACCUUGUCUGUGUGGGAGCAUUUCUAUGCCUUGUCUGAAGGAGCAUGGGCUAGCCCAGAGUCAGCCCCUGUGAUGAGCUGGGCCUGAGGAACACACCUGAGCCACGGGGUUGGCAAGAGCCCUGGUUUCCCCACCUAACCCUGCACCUGGCAUCGAAGGGCCCCUGAUUCCUGCACACCGGGAGAGUCAACAGAAAGUCUAGAGGUGACCCUCUCUCCACUCCAGUUUGCCAUUGUUCUCUUAAGAGCCAGAAAAAGUUUUCCAGAGCUACCAGCUUUUACUCCAAAUUUUGUUCCUGUAAAAUAAUAAAACGAAGAAAUAGGAGCAAGCAGCCCUUGUCAGCCCUGGAAGCAGCGUAGGCCUGGAGUUAUUUGUGUACUGGUCUGUGUGGGGGCCUCAGGAUGCUGAUGACAGGCCCAGGUUCCCAGUGGCUCGCCCCCACCUGUGGGCGACGGACAGCUCCUUUCUAUCUCUCAGCAGUAGAGAAGGGCCCUGGCAGUGUCCCAGCUGGAGUCACACCUUCCUGGGGAAUCUCGGUCACCACCACGCUGCUUUGGAGAGCAAGCCCCUCCUCUCAGGACAGAGCCAUCCAUUCUGCUCUGACCUGGGGAUUGAUAUUUUUCUUAAAGGAGACUUUGGAAGUGAGAAAUGUAUUCUGUGUGGGCGAUCGUGCUGCCCAAAGUGUGAUGUCUGUGCCGUGUGCCUCGCAGGUGUGACUUCCAAGAGUGUUGUGCAAAUGACGUCUGAUUGCCAAGGGCCACUGCUGUGUUAGUGCUAAAGAAAGACACUGGCUCCUUUUUAAAUAAAGACAAGCAUCCCUGCGUAUGCAGAGGCUUGGGUUGUGAUGGA